AUGGGCGCCCAUACCAAACACAAGGAUAGGAGCGUCGACUUGCAGAAGUCUCAAGGGAUAGCUGUUGAACACCGAAAAAAAGGGGCGGCGUCGUUUCGUGCUCUCUACAUCUCAAGCGACGAUGUAGGAGACAUGAGACGCGAUUUGGCACUGCCUGUACUUUCCAGAAAAGUACCGACAGUUGGCUAUUCCGCGCCUGAUAUGGGGGCGCAGGAUUCGGCAAUGAUGUUAGACGACGCAAGGGUAAAAGAAGUCAGAGUUGGAUUGAGUAAAGACGAGACAUUCUCUUCCUCUGACCUCAAAAACAAGCAACACCGGAAGCUUGGGGCUAGUGAUGGCACCGGCUGGCUUGAGAGCGAGAGCUUGGGCCGCCCACCCUACUGGAACCACCGGAAGAUGACCCUGACGGGUGAUGGGAAAGCUUCGUUGCGGAUACAUCCUCAAAGCUUCGACAACGAGAGGAAAGGGCCGUUGUAA